UUCCCUGUCUGAAUUCAAGGCUCACAGCGUUUAUUUGCAGUGCUCUGUGGUUUGACGGAUGGAUGGAUGGAUGGAUGGAUGGAUGAAUGAAUGAAUGAAUGGAUGGAUGGAUGUCUGAGACUUAGGGUAUCUUUUGUGGUGUACAGAAGCUCCAGAAAUGACUUGAAGGCGUUUAGGUCGAGGGUUUGCUGAGUUUGCAAGAUUUAGUGUGUUUUUUUUUUUUUUCCCAAGUUUGGAGCACUUUCUGUUUUGUUGAGAUUUGGGUUUGGGUUAGCUGCCCUCACAAACACUCAAAGGCACUUGGUCUGUUUCGCUUGUACAACAUCAAGUGCGAUUAUUCCCCCAUCCCCUUGCCCCCACUGUUUUUUUUGCCAACAUUAUUUGCUUGCCAAAUUUUAUUUUUACCAAUAUUUACCUAUUUUCCUAGGCAACAUCACAAAGUAAGGGAGGACGAAUGGAAAGCUGCACACAAUCAUUUUUUUCUUCAUCUUCUUAUUAAUUUGGUCAUUUUCGCUCUGCCAUAAAUGAUGCAAACUGCUCGGAUAGGGAGAAUUUAGCAGAGACAGGCACCAAGCAUGAGUUGCCACGCAACGUUAUCUGUCAUCUAGUCACUAUUUUUAAGACUGUUAGCGUUUUAGAAAAUUGCAUGUUAAGAAAUAAUUUCAUAUUUAAUGGUGAUUUAUUUAUUGUAGGAGAAUUUUGGAUCCAUCAGCAGUCAUAAAUAGCAUUCGCCUCCUGAUUUUAGAUUGGACAGCUUUCAUACCAAAUACGAACUGCUCCACUGGUCCGCACCAAAAGUUCUUGUGUGAAAGCACCCAAAAAUUGUGUAGAUAGUCCAAAGUAGAAUUUAGGAGAUGUGGUUCAGAUAAGAUUAUCACAGAUUGAAUAGCACUUUAUUUUGCAACAUCUGCAACAUGGUUGACGCCUUUCACAGCUGAUCCCAUCAUCUUUCUGUGGAUUUUACAGAUUUGUAGGCCUUGAAGCAGAAAGAAAAUGAUAUAGAGUGGAUAAGUGCAGUCAAAUUUUAGCAUGAAUGAAUGUACACAUAGACGUCUCUCUCUCUCUCUCUCUCUCUCAGCACCUCUUUGGAGAAAAAGAGCCUCUCCUCAGCCCAGUCUCCCGACCUCGUCUCUCACUCUCUUCAAUUUCUCUCUCUUUCUCUCCAUACCCAUCCCCGAACAGACGAGAACUUUAUUCUCAAACACGACCGGGCCUUCCUCUUGUCCAUGGCCAACAGGGGCAAGAACACCAACGGCUCCCAGUUCUUCAUGUGAGUAUGCUUCACUCUGUUGCCAGGGGGUUUGGGAAGCACUGUUCACACAGAUGUCAUCACGCCAUCCCCUCAAACCACCACCCCCUCCCCCAGUCUGUUUAAAGGGACGCCAUUGGCUAGAAGUCAGUGAUUCCACUGCCACUGUAUUGCAGAGAAAGGAAGUCUCCGCUGUCCCAAAUAUAAUAUUUACAUUUUAAGGCACACCACCUUAAACAGUGUUUCCCUGUUGCUGAUAAUGUUGAUAAUAAUAUGAAUUUUUCAAAGGAUUGUAUUGUACAAGAUAUGUAUUUAAAACUACGUGAGACUUGCUUUCCUGCUAAGCAGGGAUUUUGCAGUUAUUGUCCCUUUAAAUGUCUGUCCAUAGACUGUUCAUUUCUAGAGACUAAUUGGGGCUUAACAUGAAAGAAGUGUAUCGGCUUCUUUUAGGUACUGUUUAGUACUGCAUUUCCAUCUAAAUCUGUGUGAUAUUUAUCUAGAGUUAGGGGAAGAUAUAUGGGAAUAUUGUUCACUUUACAUUGUACAUUUAAAUGCUACAUAUGCUUCCAUUAACCUCCUUGCAACCAGGUCAUUUUGGAAAAGAAUCAAGCUGGUUAUACUUGGCUUCUGUCAGCUAGGGAUUGUGCUUUAGUUUUGAUGGUUUUUGUUUUUAUGUGUUUUUCUUGUCUUGCAUGUUUUCUUGUUCCCGUAGCUUCGCUGGACUGUAGCUUAUUCCUUUGUCUUCUUGACCAGAGUAAUAAUCCCCAUUUGUGUGUCUUGUUUUUUUUUGUCUUUGUUUCUGGGAAGCACUGCAUAAUCUAAUUUAUGUAUGUGUGGUACAGACAAUCUCCACAUGUUCAUUUCCCCUUUGACCUCCUCCUGAACAAUGCAUUUAGAAAAAUAUACAGUAUGACAAAAGAUUUGGACUCCUUUUUUGCCUACCAAUGUUACAUUUUUUCUCUUGCCGUUUUUGUGUAAAAUUUGCAGAAACUCUAGCAUCCUGCUCCUCCAAGCACUACAAAGAUGGCGGCACACCUGGAUGAGGUCCACGUGGUCUUUGGGCUGGUGAUCUCUGGCUUUGAGGUGAUCAGGAACAUAGAGGGCCUGAAGACGGACUCUGCCAGCAGACCUUACGCUGACGUCAGAGUGAUUGACUGUGGACAGCUGUUCACCAAAUCCGCAAAUGACGUUCUCAGACGGAAGAGGAGGAGAGGAGCAAUGGACUCUGCCGACUCCUCUCGCAGCUCCUCCGAGUCUCCCUCUAGCUACUCCUCCGAGGAGUCGGAGGCCGAGUCCAGAGGAAAGUAUCGACACCACAAGAGGAAGAAGGCCUCCAGGAGCAAACGCUCAAAGAAGAGAAGGAGGAGAGGGUCAAAGAGAAGAGAGAAAGGCGAAAGUGAAACCAUACCCUCAGAUCGAAGGAGUCCUGCUGAAGAGCAAGAGGAAAAGGAGGAUAGGGACCAGGCGCAGAACGUGCGCCGGGAGAAGCCGGUGGUUCGUCCAGAGGAGAUCCCACCGGUGCCAGAGAACCGGUUCCUGCUGCGAAAGGAUGUGCCUGCACAGGAGGAGAACCCAAACAUGUCAGUUCCCGACUCGCACUCACCCAGGGAGAACCUAAGUACUGAGCAAGAGAACCCUGUGGUUCCCACUGACCAUCUUAAACCAGCUGUAACCAAAUCUGGACGAAAAAUCAAAGGCCGUGGAACAAUGAGGUACCACACCCCCCCUGGUGUUAAGUCUGGCUCUGAGUCAGCAGAGGAGCGGGGCAGCAGUGAGACCCCCCCACACUGGAAAGAGGAGAUGCAGAGGACGAAGACCUACCAUCCCCCCAGUGUGGAGAAAUGGAGUAAAGGAGACAGAUGGGACGACCGAAGUGAUAGUCCCUGGUCCAAGUCCAAGUCCAGGUCCAGAUCAAAAGAGCUGUCGCCAGACCAUGGAUCUGUCCACUCAAGCCCACACCACCACAGAAAGGACCGGAAAAAGUCCAAGCGCAGGAAAAAGAAUAAGAAACACAAGCACUCGAAGAGACACAAGAGCUCAAAGCCCAGGCCCAAGGGGUCCCCAUUGUCUGAAGGAGAAGGCUCCCAUUCUUCGGGGAGAAAGUCAAAGCUGUCAAGCCAUGCAGAAAGGAGGUCUCGCUCUUUGUUAUCUUCGAGACAGUCCCUCAGAAAGGAAUGGUCUGGAUCUGAGAGGAAAGGUCGGUUGUCUGUUUCCUCUCGGGAUUCCAGGUCUUAUUCCCGCUCCAAGAGCAGGUCCUAUUCCCGCAGCUACUCUAGAUCACACAGGAAGUUCAGAUCAUCUUCAAGGUCAAGAAGCUGGACGCGUUCCAGAAGCCGAUCUCUGUCCGGGACCAGAUCGAGGUCAAGGUCACGUUCUCUGUCAAGGUCUAGGAGCAGGACUAGGUCUAGAUCCAGGUCUUCAUCCAGAUCCAGGUAUAGGGGAAGGUCCCUGUCGAGGUCAAGAAGACGGCGUGUAUCCAGAUCUCCUCGGAAAGCAAAACUGAAUGACCGCAUCAAACCCAAGACUGUUCCACUGCAGGCAGCUGUUCAAAGCAUAGAACCCAAAGCUCCACCCCCAUCAGCACCUGAGAAUGUACCUGCGCUCCCUCUCAGUGACAGCCCCCCUCCGUCUCGAUGGAAACCAGGUCAGAAGCCAUGGAAACCAUCGUAUGUUCGUGUUCAGGAGAUCAAAGAUAAGACCACUCCUCCCUCCACUGCUCAAACCGGUCAAUUUAAGAACUUGGCCUUACAGAAGCAGCUCAUGUCCCGUAGUCAGACUCCGCCUCAAAAGGGAAGCGGUGUGGCCCACGAGAUGCGGGGACGGCGGAUGACCAGGAGCAGGAGUCUUCGCAGGCACUCCCGUAGCGCUUCCUCCAGCAGCCGAUCUUGCAGCAGGUCGUACAGCAGAUCGCGAAGCAGGGGCCGCUCGAGAUCAACGAUUCGCUCUUCAGGCCGGUAUGACAGUCGGUCCUCGUCCUACAGCAGAUCCGACUCGUAUGACUCGCCCAGGAGAGAAAGCACAAGGAGAAGAUCCUCUGAGCGAGGGAGAAAACACCAUCGCAGUUCUCUAAAGAUGAGCCACAAGGACGCAAAGCACACAAUGCCUAGUGGAGGCCAAGAGUGUAUGGCUGUGUCAUAUGGAGAGGACGGUACUAACAUCCACAAAGCUUCGGUUUACAGACAGAAUGGGUCCAAAGGACAAAAAGAUGUGAUUGCUGCAACGCUCUACAGCAGUGGUAUGGCCCACAAUCCAAAGCCGUUGCUAGGAGAGGAAUCCAAAAGCAAGUCUACUUGGGAAGGUUCUUUUGAUGUUCCUCAAAAUAAUCUGAUUCCUGUCAUCAAUGCUGCACAUUCGUCGGGUGGCUGGGACUCUGAUAGUGAUUCAAACAAGCCAGUGCUGAAACAAACCAUUCCUGAUGUGAAACACGUGUCGGAAAAAGAGGAAGGUGAGGCCACGACUGAAUCUGAUGGGGACUACCACAUAUCGCCUGCUGAGAAACCUCGAAAACCACUUCAAGAAGUGCCACGUCCUUUAACUCCCCCUGCUUUGCAAAAGUGUUCCGUUGAGGACCACACUGAGGACCGUCCUGAGGUAGAGAAGCAUAAGUCCAAGAAAGCAAAGCGAAAACACAAGCACAAGAGGAGGAGCUCUGCCAAGUCGGGGAGUCAUCGUUCGAAAACCAAAACAAAGAGGUCAAAGAAGAAACACCAGAAACUGAAAGAGACUUUCCACUGGCAGCCUCCGCUGGAGUUUGGGGAGGAGGUAGAGGAAGAUGAAUCUGUCAUUCAAGGAAAGAAAGCUGAACAGAGUGCUAUGAAAGACGCUCACAAAAGAAGCACCGUCUCACAUCUCAAAACCAAGGUUUUGGGAAAUAAGGAUCCAGUGGAAAGAGGCCACUCUUCAGUUCAAGACAAUUCCUCAGUGGUUGCGACACCUUUAUCAGUUAAAGAUGAGAAUGAUUUGAUGAAAAGGGAAAAGUCAAAGCCAAGUAACCAUAGAAGUCCAGCACAACACCAUGUCCAUGAUAUCAAUGAUGGCAAGAAUGUAAACAGUGUGGAUUAUUCAAAGAGUGACCAACAGGAAGAACCCCAAGAUGAUCAAAUGGAGAUUUGCACCCCAGAUCAUCAAAAUGUUCCAGAGAUCAUCACAGAGCCAACAGGGCAUAUAGUUGUCGAAAUGAGACAGAAGCUGACCAAAAGCAUAUCGCCUUUAAAAAACCCUGUAGAAAGGGAGCAUGUGAAUAAACCUGCCUCAACAGUGCAGCAUCAUCAAGAACAAAACGAGGAAAUCCCCAAAGUACCAAGAAACCCAGUAGCAGACCAGAUGAUUGAUCCCAGGUGGAAACCUUUGAAAGGAAUCACUGCCCUACAAGCUGCAAAUGUGAUGUCUACUGUUCUGAAAACCCACAAAUCCUCAGGGCACUCAGAAGAUAAAACCCCCGGUCUCAGGAUGGAGAUCAAGAGCAAGAACCGAGUCCGACCAGGGUCCCUCUUCGACGAGGUCCGAAAGACGGCUCGUCUGAACCAGAGGCCCAGGAACCAGGACAGCUCCAGUGAGGAGGGAUCCUCGUCCAUGGGUGAUGACAUGCCAGGGUCUGGCAGCAGGUCCCCUUCUAAAUCCCGCUCUGUCUCAAGGGAGCGGUCCAAGUCCCGGGGGCGCUCUCGCUCCUACACUCGCUCACGAAGCAGAUCCAGGAGCUCAAGCUAUUCCUCCAGGAGCUACAGCAGAAGUCGUAGCAGAAGGCGAUACAGCAGGGGACAUUCACGAUCCAGGAGCAGCACUUACAGGAGCUCUCGCACUCACAGCCGAACUUACAGUAGGAGUCAUUCCAGAAGCCACUCAUACACUCGACGCAGAAGGUCCAGGUCUGACUCUUAUGACAGCUACUCCAGCCGCAGUAGGAGUCGCAGCACAAGCAGAAGACAGCGACGUGGAAGGAGUGACAGUUCAGAUCGGCCUUCUAGGUCGUAUCGUUCGUACAGUAGGAGCUCCUCCAGACACAGAAGUCACAGUCACAGCAGCCGGUACAGCUGAGGGUUGCUCUGCAGUGGAGUUCUGGCUGUCCUUUUCCAUGUUUUUAGGGGGGAUGUUAACUAAAAGUAUGAUAUCAUUUUAAUAUCAUUUUUUUUUUUUAUCUAAACAUGGUGUAAAGUAAUCAAGUUUAUACUGUAAAUACUUAAAUUUGUGCAUUACAAACAGUAUAUAGGUGCGUUUGAAACCUGUCUUCCUGUUUUUGCGCGUGCGUAUGCGCCGCCAAUCGAUACACUGAAGUGAACAUAAAGUAGAGGUGACAGCUUUUCCUUCUUUGUUAUUUUGAGAUUGAAGAUAUAACCUGAUGUAACAUGAAAAUUACUUUGUGCGUCACGAUCUACAAGACUAGGAAAUUCCCAAUUUCAGAUGCUUCUCCAAUGUAAGACAGGGGCACCUUGUAUUCUUGCACAGACACAGAUUUGUUGAUUUUGUUUUUGUAACUAGCAAACUGACCAUGAACAUUUGAACCAGACUGCAUUGGUAUUUCUUAUUAUUUCACGAAUGUAAACCAGUCUUAUAACUCUGUCUUGCCAUCACUAAAAUACCUAUGCAGAUUUCUCUAUCAACAAAUACUAAAUACUUUUACAAUA